UAGGGCUUGCUGCUGAAAAGCCUGCUGGAUCUUCCAGUGACCUGCUGUUCUUUCCUGCUUUCCUGUGUUUUUUUAUUCUCCCUCUCCCUCCUCUAGAUUUAGAUUAAAAACAAAGCUCUUUCUCUCUCCCAUCCUCAUUUUUUUACUGUCUCCUCCCUUUUUUACACUCUCAAUCUGGCUCUGGGAAAAAUCCCUUUAGUUUGUCUCUCUGUGUUACAAGAGGAAGUCGCUUGGCUCGAUUCGGAUGGAGGUGUGUGUUUGUUUUUGGACCUUGUUUGUGUGCUUUGAGGAAGGACAGAGAAGGGACAGUUGGAUGUGACUUCAUUAGAGCAGUCAGACUCAUCAGAGCGAGAAAGAGGAGGACAGCUGAGAGUGUGACUUUGACUCCUCUGAGGAGGAAAGGAGUGCAAAGAUCUGAGGAAGCCCACUAUCCAUCAGACUCCUAAGGAGCAUCUCUGUGCUGACCAUGUACCCUCAGGGUAGACACCCGGUCCCACUGCAGCCUGGCCAGUCCUUCAAGUUCACUGUGCUGGAGACACUGGACCGGAUUAAAGAGGAGUUCCAGUUCCUCCAGGCACAGUACCACAGUCUGAAGCUGGAGUGUGAGAAGCUGGCCAGUGAGAAGACUGAGAUGCAGAGGCACUACAUCAUGUACUAUGAGAUGUCCUACGGACUUAACAUAGAGAUGCACAAACAGGCAGAGAUUGUAAAGCGGCUCAGCGCUAUCUGUGCUCAGAUCAUCCCUUUCCUCUCUCAGGAGCACCAGCAGCAGGUGGUGCAGGCUGUGGAGCGGGCUAAGCAGGUCACCAUGGCAGAACUCAACGCCAUCAUUGGGCAGCAGCUCCAGCACCUGUCUCACCACACCCCAGGCAUCCCACUAACCCCCCACCCAUCAGGUCUGGCAUUGGGUGGUGCCUCGAGCCUGUUGGCUCUCACUGGGGCGCUCGGCGUCUCUGCUCACUUGAGCAGCAAGGAUGAACGCAAUCACCUGGAUGCUGAGCACCUUCGAGAGGGUGCACCCAGCAGGAGUAAGUCUGUGUCAUCAACAGACAGUCAAGCUAUAGAGGAGCGUCAGGGCCCCUCAGGAGUUUUCCCCUCUCACACCAGCAAUGACGCCAAGAGGAGGCGCUGUGAUGAUAAAGAUGGCCCAUCACAUUAUGACAGUGAUGGAGACAAGAGUGAAGACAACCUUGUGGUAGACGUCUCUAAUGAGGACCCUUCCUCUCCUGUGGGCAGCAGCGCCCACUCUCCUCAUGGAAACGGCUUAGACAGGGCACCUACGCUGAGGAAGGAGCUCCCCAGAUCCCCAAGUCUCCCUCCAGCCCCCUCACCUCCAGAUCACAGCCCCACUCCAGGAAAGAGCAAGGACCCUGCACAGUCAGAGAAAUGCCAGUCACCAUCUUCGAAGUCAGGCAGUAGUUCCCCCUCACGCUGUGAGGCCCUCACCCCUGGGCCCAGCACCUCCUGUCUACGGCUAGUCACUAAGUCCUCAGCAGAUCCUCUGGCUUUGCGCAGUCCACUUUCCAUGACCUCAGCUUCUUACCCAGCUCAUUUUGGUGUUGUGUCCCAUGCUGGACUGAACGGAGAGCUGGCCAGUCCAGGCAGCUUUGGUGGCUCAAUCACUCUCUCACCCCAGAUCAGUACUGCAGCUAGUGCCUACACACGUAGCCCCAUGGUGGCGUAUGAAUCACGCUCUCACCUCAGGCCCUCAGGGCUGUCCUCCUCUCUGCCUGGCUCCAGUGGGGGCAAGCCUGCAUACUCAUUCCACGUGAGUGCAGAUGGACAGAUGCAGCCUGUGCCUUUUCCUCCUGAUGCUCUCCUGGGCCCUGGCAUCCCGCGCCAUGCUCGCCAGAUCCAUACACUCAGCCAUGGAGAGGUGGUGUGUGCCGUCACCAUCAGCACCUCCACACGCCACGUCUACACUGGUGGCAAAGGCUGUGUCAAAGUGUGGGACAUCAGUCAGCCAGGCAGCAAGAGCCCCAUGGCCCAACUGGACUGUCUGAACAGGGACAACUACAUCCGCUCAUGCAAGCUGCUCCCAGAUGGGAGAACUUUGAUAGUUGGAGGUGAAGCCAGCACUCUGUCUAUAUGGGAUUUAGCCACGCCCACUCCACGCAUCAAGGCGGAGUUGACCUCCUCGGCUCCAGCGUGCUACGCUCUGGCCAUCAGUCCAGACAACAAGGUCUGUUUCUCCUGCUGCAGCGACGGCAACAUCGUGGUGUGGGACCUUCACAACCAGACACUCGUCAGGCAGUUCCAGGGCCACACUGAUGGGGCCAGCUGCAUCGACAUCUCCAACGACGGGACCAAACUGUGGACUGGGGGCCUCGACAACACGGUGCGCUGCUGGGACCUGAGAGAGGGCCGACAGCUCCAGCAGCACGACUUCACCUCCCAGAUCUUCUCCCUGGGCUACUGUCCUACAGGAGAGUGGCUGGCAGUGGGGAUGGAGAGCAGUAAUGUGGAAGUGCUGCAUGUCUCCAAACCAGACAAGUACCAGCUGCACCUUCACGAGAGCUGUGUGCUGUCACUCAAGUUCGCCUACUGCGGUAAAUGGUUUGUGAGCACAGGAAAAGACAAUCUGUUAAACGCAUGGAGAACACCGUAUGGAGCCAGCAUCUUCCAGUCCAAGGAGUCCUCAUCUGUCCUGAGCUGUGACGUUUCCCCAGACGAUAAGUACAUAGUCACUGGCUCUGGAGAUAAGAAAGCCACCGUGUACGAGGUGGUUUACUGAGCACAUGAGGGAGUUGAAAGAGAUGGAUAAAUGGACGGAUGGAUGGAUGGAUGGAUGGAUAAGUGAAAGAAAGAAUGAGUUGAAAGAAAAGCACGUAACAGCUUCUGGCAGCUGUGGUGGGCAACCAUGGGUGCUCUUUCCAAACAGUAUUCCCCUUCUUUGUCUCUCAAGUACCAUUAAGCCCCAUCCCCAUUCCAUCCCCCUAUAAGUAAAAAGGAAAGAGAGAAGAAAAGAGAGAAACACAGAAAGAAUAAACAGAGGGAGUAUAAUUAGCACAGUGUCUAGAUGAAACGCCCAGCGGCGAGGAGAAAGCUCACAGGAGACGAGGUAAGCACUUAGGGAGCUGCAGCUCAUACAAACACAGAUAGCAGACAAUCAAUACAUCACUGUAAUAAAAAAAACACACUGUAAUGAGCCCAAAUGCAACAGAGCUCGUUUCACAGCACCUCAGAGAGCAAAACAACCAUGCUGCAGUCUAACGCUGGCUCUGGCUUUAGAAACUCGCUUCAGUAUGUCUGCACAACUCCAGUUAAACAUGCAUAUGGAAAUUCCCAACUGAAUUCUGCAUCACACGUUUCCGUCUCCUGUGAGAGACUCCCCAGAGACACUAAUGAGGAGCAGCUGGACCUCUCAGUGGGUUCCAUGUUGAAAACAUUAAACAACAGCAUUUUCCGUUUUUAAUUCCGGAGAACGGUUAUAUACGCAGAACAUUAAGCAUGCAUGAGAUUGAUUAUGUGUUCUGGAAAUCUCCUGAACCAGAACUGCAGCUCUGUGUUUAUGUUCCUGCUACAGUGCAGGAUCCUGUGGCCAUUUUCAGUUAAGUAAGAGAAGAGACGCAAGCUGUGGAGCUGACAUUUUAAAAGCUGCCAAACAUAUAAGAUAAAAAAAGCUUGAAAAAAACUGCAGAAUCAGCUGCGCAGUGAAAACGGCCUACUGUGACAGUCAUGCUGCAUGAUUGAUUACAGGACAGACAUAUGCUUUGCCCUUAACUACUAAAAAAGUCUUUCUAAGGAUAUGGGUUGGUCACAUAUCAUUCAGAGGUUGAUAAAUUGAAUUGUAUCUUAUUUUAUCAUUGCAGAUGAAAUCAUAUCGUAACAUGUGGAAGCUUGAGGUUUACACCUCUAAUUACUACCUCUUGAUCUGCAGAAACGUUCUCACACUGAAGUGGGAAUUUAGCCUCAUAUUCUCUCUGGCUUCUCAUAAUGUACCUAGAAAAAGUUCUUGUGCUUCUAAAUGUUCGCAUUACAAAGUCUUAUUCUUCAUUUCCUUUUUUUUUUUUGCCACCUUACAGCUCCGGGGCCCUGGUUUCGAUACCGACUCCAGGUUACUGUCUAUACUUAAUUACACAUGUUCUGCCCACAGCUGUAUGUAUGAAUGUGUAUGUGCAGAGCAUAUUGGAGCAUGUUGAUGGGCUGAGAAUAUUCUACCCAGUAAGCCCAGUGUUCCCAGGAUAGGCUCUGGAUCCACAGAUGAGACCAGUGUUUCUGGCUUGAUGGGUUACAUUCGUUUGUGUGUUUCUGAUCUGUCACCAGUGUGAACAUGCAUCCUGAAAUGAGGACUUUUCUAAAUUAAUAAAUCAUAUACACAUCAACAAUGGCAAAAAAUAAAUAAAAAACAAUCAAUCAUUUCAGUAGCUCUGAAACGGACGAGUUGGCAGCAGUCUUAAUGAGAUAGAUGAUUUGUGCUAAAGGUCAGCCUUCAGCUGAUCAGCUGUGAGAAGGCAAAAAAGGAAAGAAGCUGGAUUUGUAUCUUUCACUGGCACUAAACGAGACAGCAGUGAUAUAUGCAUGCAGAGUGCUAUAAUAUAAAAAGACAUGAUCUGACUGUCAUUACUGCUGCAGACCUUGUAUCAGAUCUAGGAUGUGAAAGUCACUGAUAUCAGGAAUACCAAAUAGCCAGAAAUGUCACACAUAACAUUUCUAAGGCUAUGCUAUCAUAAUAAUAAUCAUCACAGAAAAUUCUAGAUUCAUUUCAUCCUUAAGAGGCCCUGAGAUACACCCCUGCUGUAUCCCUUUAUCUUAAAGAGCAGUGGUUGCCCACCCAACCCGUGAUGUCUGAAAGCAAUCCUCACCCUGCUGGGGAUAAGAUUUUGUGCUUUUAAUUUGCUAAACAUGUUUCUUAGCUUUGUUUUUCCACAUUUAUCUGAUCUGUGAAUCAGAAAACCUGUCUUGGAAUCUGAACUAAUCUUUUGCUUGCUACUUUUCCAAACUUAAAAAGAACUGUAAGAUUUUUUUUUUGUAAUGAACAAAAGUAAUAGUGCUACAGCAGUGUUUUGUUUUCCGUUUAUUGUUAUGCAUAUAGUGUAUUUGCUCCUUUCUAUAAAUGGGAGACGACGGCUGCCCAAAGGUGUUGGGAUUUAAGUCUUGCGCAAUCCAGACCACCUCCACCACCAUCUCAUCACAUCUUACCUGUAAUGGGAAUUCCAUCACAUCUGAUCAUGCUAUGGAAAUAUCUGUAUAUCUCUAAUGCUGCCUAAGGCUUUGUUUCUAUACUGAAAACAGUGGACAGUGUCCAGCAAUCUCACGCUGAAGCCAAGGACGUUUUUCCACAAAGGCACAGUUGUGAUAUCCCUCUGUAGCACUUCAUAUGAGUUGUACCAGACAUGCAUAGAAAGCCAAUUAAACCUGUGGUCAUCUUUUGAA